CGGACCCGGGUUUUGCUCGUUCUGCUCCCGGCCGGGACAGCGAGUCGGGUCCAGGCGCGAGUGCGCCCCUGCCCGUCUUCGCGCCCGGGACUCCGGGUCCCCGCGGGCGGCCGCACAAGAUGAAGCUGGCCCUGCUCCUGCCUUGGGCGUGCUGCUGCCUCUGCGGGUCGGCGCUGGCCACCGGCUUCCUCUACCCUUUCCCGGCCGCAGCCCUGCAGCAGCACGGCUACCCCGAGCCGGGCGCCGGCUCCCCGGGCAAUGGCUACGCGAGCCGCCGGCACUGGUGCCAUCACACAGUGACACGGACAGUGUCCUGCCAGGUGCAGAAUGGCUCGGAGACGGUGGUCCAGCGUGUGUACCAGAGUUGCCGGUGGCCAGGGCCCUGUGCCAACCUUGUGAGUUACAGGACUCUCAUCAGACCCACCUACAGAGUGUCUUACCGCACGGUGACGGCGCUGGAGUGGAGGUGCUGCCCUGGCUUUACUGGGAGCAACUGUGAUGAGGAAUGCAUGAACUGUACCCGGCUCAGCGACAUGAGUGAGCGGCUGACCACGCUGGAGGCCAAGGUUCUUCUGCUUGAAGCAGCGGAGCGGCCCCCAGGCCCCGACAAUGACCUGCCAGCCCCCCAGAGCACCCCACCACCCUGGAAUGAGGACUUCCUCCCUGAUGCCAUCCCUCUGGCUCAUCCAGAGCCCCGAAGGAGGCCCAUAGGCCCUGCUGGACCCCCAGGGCAGACAGGACCGCCAGGGCCUGCAGGCCCCCCAGGCUCCAAAGGUGACCCAGGCCAGACAGGAGAGAAGGGCCCUGCAGGGCCCCCAGGGCUCUUGGGGCCACCAGGGCCCCGUGGGCUUCCUGGAGAGAUGGGGCGCCCUGGCCCCCCAGGACCCCCAGGCCCAGCAGGCAGCCCAAGCCCCUCACCAAAUGGCCCCCAAGGAGCCCUCUACUCCCUGCAGCCGCCUACAGACAAAGACAAUGGAGACUCACGGCUGGCAUCUGCUAUUGUGGACACAGUGCUGGCAGGUAUCCCAGGGCCCCGGGGUCCCCCUGGCCCACCAGGUCCCCCAGGACCACGAGGUCCCCCAGGACCCCCAGGAGUACCUGGCUCCCAGGGCCUGGCAGGAGAGCAGGCUAUGGCAGGGCCUUCUGGUGAGCCUGGCGUGAAGGGGGAGGAAGGGGAGAAAGCCACCACCACAGAGGGCGAGGGGGUGCAGCAGCUGAGAGAGGCACUGAAGAUCCUGGCAGAGAGAGUCCUCAUCUUGGAGCACAUGAUUGGGAUCCACGAUCCCCUAGCCUCCCCAGAGGGGGGCUCCGGCCAGGACACUGCCCUGAGAGCCAACCUCAAGAUGAAGCGGGGUGGCCCCCAACCUGAUGGCAUCCUUGCUGCCUUGCUUGGCCCUGACCCUGGGCAGAAGAGCACAGACCAGGCCAGUGGCAGGAAGUGAGAGCCCAACUCUCCGGAUACGCCCCGCGCUGGGCAGAGACCCAGCCUCAGAGGCCUAUGCUGCUGCUGGUUCCCAAAGAUACCCCAGUGAGCCUAAGCCCCAGACACGGACAAUUGUGAGGGCCUUGUGGACAGAUGGUGUUUCCAGAGGCAUGCUCCAGAGGGGACCAGCACCUUUGGGAGAGCCCUGCCCUCCCCCAAUCCCCACUCCCUGUUGGAGACAGGAUCUUGGUGGGUUGGGGGUGGGGGUGCAAAUAAUCGUAAUACUCCUCAUUUAUUGAGUCCCUGUGGGCCUGUCCAAGGAACUGUCCUUAAGUUGUCUCAUUUAACCUUUAGGAGGUAGGUGCAUUAUCCUCACUUUACCUGGAGGACUGAGGCUCAGAGAGUAAAAAUUACCCACCUACAGUCACCAGAUCACAGGUGGCUAGGGCAGGAUUUGAACCCAGGAUCCUCAGCUCCUGAAGCUGUGUGCUCUUGACCCUGGCAGCUCCCUGUCUUCAUGAGAAAACUCAGAUGGGAGGGCACAGGGCCAGCCUGGAGGACAUCAGAGCCCUACCUAACACAUCCAAGUUCAAGACCAGAGGGCCUUGGGCCUCUCUUCCUUGGUCCCCUCCCCAGGGCUUGGGGUUUGCUCCUCUAGCUGCGUGUGUCCUGGCCUGUAGCUGCUCUCAGAGGCCAGGGAGACCCUGAAUAAACCACUGAUGGUCACAUGGACGUGGGUACCGUGACAGCAGCAUAGGGAGUACAUGGGAAUCAGGUUGGCAUCCCCUAUCACUGCCACCCAGGCCGAGCCAGAAGAGGGGGCACCUAAUGGAAAUGUCUACUGGGUGGGACUUGCAGCCCCAGCCCCUGCCAUCUUCCUGGGGAAUCUGUGGGGUAUGCCUGUGGCUCAGACCGCAGUCCUCCCGUCACUGCCCGGGCCUGGUGUCACCUCCCACUGGCCCAGGACCUGGCACUCAGUGACGGCAGCAAACUCAGAGAAUCAAAGGUGCUGGCACCACCCUGGGACACAUCUCCCCUCACAACAGGAGUGAUUGUCCCUGGUGCUCUUGGUGCUCCUACAAGGAUGUGGCCUGGUCCCUCUGGGCCUGGUUGCCUCUCCCAGCUUUCAAGGCCCCGGUGGCAGGUCUGGAGAGGAAGCCAGAGGCAGGCAGGACCUCUGACUGGCACCACCAGCCUGUAUCACUGUCAUCGUAUCUGACAAUAAAGGUGCU